GAGGCUGGCACACAAAGCGCCGCGUGACGUUCUUUGCCAGAAAGAUCAUUAUUAGUUUUGAUUAAGAAUUUGGGUUUUUCUCCCUGCGUUCAUACUAGAGAUGGUAGAGAAAGAGAGAGAGAAAGAGAGAGAGAGGGAGCGCGCGAGAGAGAGAGGGAGAGAGAGAGAGUUCGGGAUUUCACUGUAAUCACGUUCAGAGAGUAUUGAUUUCGUGAGCGCACUCCAAUUGGCAGCAUCUUCACUACAGCGCCGGCGCGUCAUCCUCAGUUCACAUCGACGGAACGAGUUGUAAGCAAAUGAGAACAUGUGUGGGAUCUGAGAGAGUGAGAGAGGCAAAGGGGGGAUAGAGGGGAACAAGAGGAGGUGUGAUAAAAGCCAAUUUUGUCCUCCUGACAAGUGGAUACGAGAUUUGAUUGCUGGACUAUUUUUUUUUUUCUUUCUAUUUUUCAGACUGGGAAUUUAUCGAUUCGUCACAUGCGCACGCCUCUUCAUUAUAAUUGCAGACAGUUGGGUGCUGUUCAGGCUGAAUGGACUUGAAUGUGCCGCUGCCAGCUUAAUCCGCGCAGACUGGAAGAUUUAAUAAUUCACGGUAAUAACGCAUUAUCGCCUCAGUGGAUGCUCUCUACACAGCCCUGGCGAUUUCCCCCCCCUUCUUUUCCCCCAUUCUUCCCGUUGUCUUCUGGAGGAUUUAUCGACGACUGCUUUGCUAAUAUGCUCCUUAUCUGAAAUAUCAUCUGUUGCUGCAACUGAAUUGAAAAGCCCCCAUGACUGGCUCUGACACGCGUUUGAGACUGACUGUCUUGAGGUGAUGUGGGCUGUUAAAUAAGAAGCAUUUUGAUCACCACUUGAUUUUUUUUUACUUCAGGUAAAAUGGACGAAAAAUUAUUAUUACUUUUAUUACUUCUCUUAUCUCUCCACGCGAAGCUGUGAUUUCUCUUGUAUCCAUCAUGAUCAUUCUACUCUGUUGAAUUGCCUCCUAUUGAUUCGGACUGUCUUAGCUUAAUAGCCGUAUUACAAAGCGAAUUUCAACGUGAAGUGAUAUUAAGGACAGUGGCAUACGGGAAUCGUGGAGGUAUUUCCCUCCCUUGCUUUUCAUUUGAUUUAUUCCAUUUCAACUGAAGGGUAAAUGUUGAUGAUGGAGGACGACGAAUUAGACGCUCAUCAGGUUGAUUCGGAUUUCGAGCCGCAAAGCCGGCCUCGCUCAUGCACCUGGCCGCUGCCUUGCCCGGAGGAUUUCCCCGGUGGACACGAGGUCAGCGGGGGUCUCCCACUGGCCAACAUCAAGGUGGAACCGGAGGACGUCCCGGCUUGUAGAGCGGGGCUCGUGGGCGGAACACCGGGAGAGCUGAAGCAUCCAGCCGGCGCCCCGGCACCGACAGGCGCGACGCACCCAUGCCUGGCUGGCGCGGCGCUCGAUGUGACCGGACCGCUGCGCAAAGCCAAAUCCUCGCGGCGGAACGCGUGGGGGAACCAGUCCUACGCGGAUCUCAUUACCCGCGCCAUUGAGAGCACCCCAGAAAAGAGACUCACGCUGUCACAGAUAUACGACUGGAUGGUCCGUUAUGUGCCCUAUUUCAAGGAUAAGGGCGACAGUAACAGCUCAGCUGGCUGGAAGAAUUCCAUCCGACACAACCUAUCCCUCCACACACGCUUCAUCCGGGUGCAGAAUGAGGGGACUGGGAAGAGUUCCUGGUGGAUGCUGAACCCAGAUGGAGGGAAGAUGGGCAAGGCCCCACGCCGGCGAGCAGUCUCCAUGGACAAUGGCACCAAAUACCUAAAAAGCAAAGGCCGUAUUAGAGGCAAGAGGGUUGGCCGCCCUGGGAUCGGAGCGGGAUCUGCUGUGGUGGGACUCCAGGGGUCCCCCGACCAUGGCAGCCCACCACGGAAAGGCCUCCCAGGAGCUGGAGGCGCCUCUGGGACAGAUGGAGAGUUUGAUGCCUGGACAGACCUGCAUUCCAGGGCUAGUUCAUCAGCCUCCACCCUGAGCGGGCGUCUGUCACCCAUCCUCGCCGAGGAAGAACCUGAGGAACCAGAGGAGGGUGGCCUGUCUUGUUCCACCUCCCCCCACCUCUACCCCUCACCGACCAGUGCCCGCUCACCAUCCAUGGGGGCAGGGAAUCGCUGUCCUCCCCUUGAGCAGCUGCCUCAGCUGGCUAACCUGGCAGGAGCCAUCAGUCUGGAUGAGCAGCUGAUGGAGGAUAGUUAUCAUCACCAUCACCCACAGCAACAGCAACACCAGCAGCAUCCGGCUGUUGGAAGACACAAGCACCAAACCCCUGUCUAUCACUACAGCUCUGGAGUGAAGGGGCAGAGCUCCUAUGGUGCAGGAGUGUAUGGAGCCACAGGCUUGGGGAUGCUGCGCCACCACUCGCCCAUGCAGACCAUUCAGGAGAACAAGCCAGCUAGUUUCUCUGGAACCAUGCGGGCGUACUCCAGUACCAAUGCCCUGCAGAGUCUGUUAACAGGGGGUCCAGCUGGGCAGCAAUACUGUUCCAAGGACAUGUUGCUGGGACAGGAGAGGGAAAGCCAUCCUAUGAUCAGUCAAGCUAGUAAUGGAGUAGGCUCCAACCAUCACAGCCACCACCCUGGUCACCACAAUGGCCACAGCCACACCCACAAUGGACCUCACAGUCACAGCUCAGCUCAUAGCCAUAACAGAACUCACAGCCAUACUCCCAGUCAUAAUCACAACAGUGUAACCAACCACAACCACAACUCACCUCACAGUCUCGCUCACAACAGUCACAACCUCAACCAGAGCCAUAACCACACAUCCCCCCGGGCUGCGGCCCUGACCCCACGUGGCAACAGCAAUCAGCUGCAGACCUACAACCACAAAGCUCCCUACUUGUACAGCCCCCCAUCACAUGCUCACCUCCCUGCGUCCACCACCCUCCCCCCAAACCCAGCAGGUAUGCUUGGCAUGCCCCAGGACUCUUGCCACGUGGCCACCGCCCCACACCCGCACCCCCGUCACAACCAUUACCCUGACCCACAACACCAAGGCAUGACGAACGGACCUUACCACCAUGGCCAGGGGAUGGGGAAUGGUAGCGUUGGUAGCAACUACCAUGGCUAUCACCAACCUCACCCCCAUGAGAGACUACCAGCUGACUUGGACAUUGACAUGUUCCACGGUAGCUUGGACUGCGAUGUGGAGUCCAUUCUCCUCCAUGACAUUAUGGACUCUGGGGAGGAGAUGGACUUUAACUUUGACUGCUCCCUAGCUCAGGGCGUGGGCAUUGGCAUGGGCAUGGGGAUGGGUGUGACCAUGGGCAUGGGGAUGGGAAUGAGCAGUCUGGCCAGUCCACAGCAAGCCCAUAGCAACCAGAGCUGGGUGCCUGGCUGAAGUCUAGGACCCCUCAGAAAGAACUACCCCCCCCCCACCAUGAAGCACUGUGUUCAACUGUGACAUUCCUGACUUGACACAGAGACUAAACGACCAACACUCCCAUAUCUCUUUGUUGUCUUGACAGUUCUUCUGUCACCCCCUCCUCUUUUUACCCCCCCCCCCAAGAGAUCUAGUUCAUGUCACAUUAGGUUUUUCCUCGUAUUAGCUAUACUGUGAUGACAAUCUCUCAGCUGUGCUUGCCCAACAUCGCUUCUCAUCUACCAUGAGAACUGAACUCUCAAUGCACUUUAUUGCAAGUGGGUCACAUCUCGCAGUGUAACGCGUUCACAGAGCGGCUCAGGCAGAGCUUGGCAUGUUUUGUAAGGUGGCUGCAGGAUUUAAUGGGAACAAAUGGGGAAAUCACAAGCUCUGUUGAUAAAAUGUCAGAUGUUGGCAUUGAAUUAAAAUUGGACUCCUAUUCACCUCAUAUGCUGUCAUUGUCAGUGGUGGAGACAAUCUUUUUUUUUUUUCAAUAAAUCCUUAGUACCUCUGGUGUCAGUGUUAGUUCAAAACCUUAGACAUUUCCUUUUCCUUAACUCUCGACUGAAAAUCUUAAAUAUGAAUUAAUACAAUAUUUUUUAUUAAACCGAGAUUUGACAUUUGUUUUAGAAUAUUUGCACAAUACAUUUAAAUAAAACUGAGACCAGUUUACUGUUUUCACACAUUCAAAUAUUCAUCAGUUCCAAUCCUGUUAUUUUAUAGCUACAUGCAUUCAGUCCUUGGCACUUUGACUUUUCUUUUGGAUAUUUCGUUAAUGCCCUUUUGCCAUUGGUUAGAGAAUAUUGUCACUACAUCGUUAAAUGGAUUCUAUCAUUACUGGCUAGCAUGCAAUUUGGUGAAUUAAAAUGUCGUAUCACCUUGUCUCACCUGUUCUUCUCAUGCCACGCUCUCUCUCUCUCUCUCUCUCUCUCUCUCUCUUUCCUUCUCUAAAUCUCUCUCACUCUCUCUGCCUGCCAGUGGAGACAAAGUGGCCAUUCCUCACACCAGGCCAUUAAUGUGGCUUGAUUGAAAUUCAGCAUCUUGCUUUUAAUCUCCAAAGUGAUGCGGCAGCGAUGCGUCAUUAUUGCGAAUCUAACGCGUUGUCCUCCCAUCUCUCACCCCGGCCGUCCGGGCCGCCACUCGCCCCUCUGACUUAAUGUGCCAAGAAAGCGAGACAAAACUGUGAUUAACGCCAAGUCACUCUGCCUGCUGUCCUGCUCUGAGAAGGGCCAAUGUCACUGUCCGCUUGCCUGCUCACAGAGGGUACAAACAAAGAAAAGAUGGAGACAAGGAUAGAACAAAAGUCUGUUGUUGCAGUGGGAUCAAUCAUCAGCUUCAGUUUUCAUGCUCUUUGGGCGUGUGCGUCUGAAAACAGGUAGUGUAUUUGUAUUGUAAAUCACCUCCAUUAUCUGUAUUUUGUGUUCCCUUGUUCCCAUGUUUUCAGUGCUUAUACCCUGAGCUUCAAAUAUUCAAAUAGGUGCAAAGGGGGGUGAUUUAAGGAGAAAACAAUCAGCCAAUCUGAGUGGCAUGAGUCUAUGUCAAACAGGGUUGUGAUGCCCCACAGCCAUCCACAUCCACUUUUUGUGUGUUUAUUCUGUUGUCUUGUAGUUGUUGUUGUAUUGUUGAAAUUCUAAGGACCAACAAAAACAGCGCUGAAAUAUCCACAGUGUGCGGAUGGAAUUCAAGGGUGAAAUGAUGUUGGUAGUGCAGUACGACCUUCCUAUACUCCUAUACGGUGCACCCCUCCCAUAUGUGCUCUGCUCAGUGGUCUCUGUGUUUGCGAAUGGGGGGAGUCUGAAGCUUGUUUCUUACUGGCCUUGCAAGAGAGAGAAAGAGAGAGAGAGAAAAAAAGAGGACAUCCCUAUUCUCUAGUUCACUUAAGGAGACUCUCUGCGCUUGGUCUGUACCAAGUACGGCACACAAAGGAA